AAAUUAAAACAUUAUUAAAUUUAACACUAAACCACAACAACAAAAACAAAAAUAAUAAAAAAAAUAUAUAAAUAAAUAACAAAAACAAACUAAACUAAACAACCAAUCAAAUUGCAGUAAUGAUGCGCGUGUAUUUUUUCGCAAAAUUAUAACUACCAAUGUAAAAACUACACACACAUACAAAUUAAAAGAAAAGAAAAAAAUUAAAAACAACAACUACAUCAACACUAAUAUUAUAAAAAAUAACGGUUAAUGUUAGAGUGAAUCCAAGAUAAAAAUUAACAGUGUUGUUAAGUGUUUUCUUUUACAUAAAAUCAACAAAAAAAAAUAACGAAAUCCUACAAUUAUUACCACAAAUUAAUGAUUAAUUACUAUACAAAAAUUUAAUUGAAAAUCAAAAAAUUUAACUGAAAAAAAAACAAACAAACAAAAUUUUAUAGCAAACCAAUCUCUACAUAUUUGACAGACAACAUUGCAAUUUAAUUAAUGUUUCUAUUUCUCUAAAUCUGCAAACAAAAAAAAACCACUCAAAAAACUACAAUUUAUAUUCAUUUAAAUUGCUUAUGCAGUACAGCUGUUAAUAAAGUGGUUACAAAACAAAAACUGGACCAAACAAAAGUCUCCUUAUCACAAUGUGUAACUGACAUGGCGGAAGGUUGCGAAGAAACCGAGAGCAAUAGUAGCAAUCGUAACGCCGACAACGCACCCACCAUGUUGGGCACCGUAUUGCCAUGCGAAGCUGCCAUAACCGCCUCAUUGGGUGUAUCCGGUGGCGGUGUUAUGAAACGUGAAUAUGUCGAGGCCACCAGUGUCUUGGGUGCCCAUCUAACAGCCAGUGUCAGUCUAGCUAGUCCCACCCACUCCAUGGCCUCACCCUCUGUCACCACCACCACCACAGGAUCAAAUCACCUACCAACCUCCACCACACAGAGACUAACGCCCACACCCAACAAAUCCCAAACCGGCUCCUUAGGUCCUCUAGUAUGCUCCACCACUUCACUGCUCUCCUCCUCGUCAUCGUCGUCUUCAUCCUCCUCGUCCUCGUCGAAUUCCUCAUCAUCGUCAUCGACUUCCUUGAAUACUUCGACAACGGCUUCAUCAUCCACUACAGCGGCCAUAGCAAAUAAUUCAAAUACAAAUAAAUCGCCUUCAUCGUCACCCUAUUCCAGUGCGGCCAUAGCCUCGUUAAGCGGCGUAUCGCCUCAUUCACCGGGCCCUGCUACACCGGGUCACAAUAGCAAUGGUAGCUGUGGUCUGGCGUCAUCGGCAAUUGUGACAACAACAACGACAGCAUCUGUGGCAGUGCCGGCAAUAACGCCUACAUCUACACCAGCACCUUUAGUAACGUCCAAUAAUUGUGUAUCACCCACUCAUGUGGAUGUGGCAUUGAAUAUUAAAACAGAAGCGGAUUAUGACAAAGAAAUACCACCUCAUAAAAUUCACUCACCUUUGGGUAAUAGCAUUACGGAUAUGCCUUUGCAUUAUGCCACCGAAGACAAAGAUCAUCUCAAAGAAUUGGAAUUUUAUAAAAAUUUAGCUAAGGCCGCCUCUUUGGCCUCACAAAAUAACAAUAAUAUUAAUAACAAUAACAACAACAUUAACAACAAUAGCAACAACAAUAAUAAUAAUCUUAUAAAUAAUGAAAAAUCAUCACCUUUACCUCAACAUCCCAACCAUCAUCAUCUGCAAAGUAACAACAGCAACCAGUUGCCCUCACCAGCUUCUUCGCCCCAGCCCAUGCAAAUCGAUACGGAUCUUCAUCAGCAUCAUACGCUAAACGAUGAGGAUGAUAAUCAUUCAUCGUCGCAUCAUCAUCAACAUAAAAGACUCGAAGAUGAUGAUGUUGUUCAUAUUUUGACUGAUAAUGAUGCUGAAAUGGUGGAUGCACCCACGGAUCAGGCUAAAGCUUCGGCCUUAGCUGUAGCAGCUGCGGCAGCACAAGCUCAUCUAAAUGGAACUAUGCAAGAAAUGUUAAAUUUACAAAAAUUACAAAACCUAUCGACAUUUCAACAAGAACAAAAUCUAGACAACAGUGCUGCAACGGCCGCAGCCUUGGCUAGUUUGCAGGGUUUGGCCGCCGGCAUAACAGCAAGUGCGGCCGCAGCAGCUCUUAACUCACCCCUGAAUCUAAGUGUAGCCAGCAAUGGUGGCCUGCCACAAAUGGCAACGGAUUUAUUAAAUUCCCACAAGGCAAUGACACAAUGUACCAGUGGCAGUGCGGGCAAUAGUAAUAGUGGUGACAAUCAAAAUAAUGCGGGAUCCUCGUCACCACACGGCAAUAGUUCAGGCCUGACGGCACAAGGAGGACAAUCAGUUUCGUCUACACAAAAUACUCUAGCCAAUGUUUUGAAUAAUGCUGCAGCAGCGGCAGCAGCUGCCCAAGGUACUGCGGCUACCGCCUCACCGCCACCUCAACUGCAGGCACCACCAGCCAGCAAUCAAAUGCCUCAGCUGAUAUUGGCCUCAGGGCAAUUGGUGCAAGGUGUACAAGGGGCCCAGUUACUAAUACCCACAGCUCAAGGCAUUGCUGUACAAACCAUACUCACCAUACCGGUUAGUCCACAAAUCAAUACCAACGAACAAUUUCUAUCGAACUUUGGAGCUUUUACUGGCUUUCCCCCACAACAGCCAACACAGCCUCAAAUGCUAAGCUCAGCUACGGCUCAUUUGCCUUCGCCAUUGGCAGCUCUUCACCAACCGCCCACCUUGCCUCAGCUUGCCCAAGCACCAACGAAUUUACUGAAACCAAAUCUCUUCUCUAAUGGAGUGCAACAGCUUUUAGCCGCUCUGCAUCCGGAAUUAUUCGCAGCGGCUGCGGUCAAUCAUCACCAUCAUCAUCAACAGCAGCAGCAACAACAACAGCAGCACCAACAGCAUCAACAACAGCAACAACAACACAACCAACAACAGCACGGCCAACAAAUGUCCGGUCAUCACCAUGAUAUGCACUUAAUGAAAAGAUCCCCGCCUUCUUCACCCACAAACAGUACAAAAGCAGCCGCUGCGGCUGCCGCUGCUGCAGCAGCAGCUUUUCACAUACAAUCUCAGUUGCACAUAAAACCAGAGACCCAACCACAUCUGCAUCCUCAUCAUCAUGCCGCUGCAGCAGCAGCUGCUCUACAUCAUCACACUCAGGCUCUUAGACAUGCUGAAGGUUUGGCCUCGCCCAAAUUGGAUUGCAAACCCAAUGUCCAUUUAACAACGGAAACUUCAUCCAAUUCACCACCUCCCUUGGGCAGACAUCAGUUUGGUUCCCACCAUCGUUUGGGUGGCUCCGCGUCAUCGCCGCGUCCUUCAUCCUGUGCUUCCAGUAGUAUGACCUUGAGAGAAAGAGAGUCACGCGAACAACAUUCUAUGAAAAUGAGUCCUUUACGCUGUGGCAGUGCCUCGGGUAGUGGCAUGAAUUUAAGUCAACUGGGUGGUGAAAGAGAAAAGGAGCGUGAAAGAGAAAGAGAACGUGAUCGUGACAUGGAGAGGGAGCGUGAAAGGGAGAGUCAUCGAGAUCGUGAUCGCGAUAGAGAACGUGAACGUAUACGAGCUGCUUCACCUGCCACCUUAAAUGCUCGCAGUGCGGCAGCUUCCCUGGCUAAAGAGGCUUCAAAUGCAGCAAACGCCGUCAACUCUAAUUCAUCCAUGACAUCCAAUUGCAACGAAAGAGGCUAUUCAUCACCUGUGGGUUCAAGCUCCGCCAGCCAAAUAUAUCGCACACAUUCGCCCCACCUGUCGCAUCAUUCCCUGAGCCAACAACCCACACAUACACACCAAAUUUUAGACUCACCAUCACCCAGAGAUUUCCUAGGCAAUGGUGUGGGUUUAAUGUCGGCCUCAUCAGCCUCCACCACAGCCACAUCAACAACAGCCAAUGUACUUAGUAAUAUGAAUAGACUCUCCUCUUCAAAUGGUGAAUUGACCAUAACAAAAUCCCAUGGUCCACCAACUGCCACCGCCACAAGAGCUUCUUCAGCCUCACCCACCUCACCAACGGGACCAACUACCAGUUCUCUUUCAAAUCCCGCCUCGUUGCAUCAUCACAAUCCCCAUCAUUCUAUGCAUUCCAUGAAACUAAGUCCCACAACUAGUGCCGUAUUGCAUCAGCAGCGCGAAAGGGAACGUGAAAGAGAACGCGAACGGGAAAGGGAGCGUAUGCAGGAUCAGCCACCACCACCGCCCAUGUCACCCAAUGGUACCGAGGGUUCAAUGGGAGCCCACGAUUUACUAAUGGAUUCACCGAAUGAACCCACUAUUAACCAGGCCACCACCAAUAUGGUUGAUGGCAUCGAUCUAGAUGAGAUUAAAGAAUUUGCCAAAGCUUUUAAAUUGCGUCGUUUAUCAUUGGGCUUGACCCAAACUCAAGUGGGUCAAGCUCUGUCGGUAACAGAGGGACCCGCCUAUAGUCAAAGUGCCAUAUGCAGUGCAUUAGCUGCUCAAAUGUAUGCUGCUCAACUAUCGACACAACAACAAAACAUGUUUGAAAAAUUAGACAUAACACCAAAGAGUGCUCAAAAAAUUAAACCCGUUUUAGAACGUUGGAUGAAAGAGGCCGAAGAGAGUCACUGGAAUCGUUUUAAGUCUGGCCAGAAUCAUUUAACCGAUUAUAUUGGUGUGGAGCCAUCGAAAAAGCGCAAACGACGCACUUCGUUUACACCGCAAGCUUUAGAGCUUUUGAAUGCUCAUUUUGAGCGUAAUACCCAUCCAUCGGGCACCGAGAUUACAGGUCUUGCCCAUCAAUUGGGUUACGAGCGGGAAGUCAUACGUAUUUGGUUUUGUAAUAAACGACAAGCUUUAAAGAACACGGUGCGCAUGAUGUCGAAAGGAAUGGUUUAAAAUUCAAUGAAUUACAACUGGUAACAGUAAAGGAGAGCAAGCAAGCAAACAAAUAAUAACAAAAGAAGCUUUAAGCUAACUUAAAGGAAAAGCUAUACAAAACAUUACAGUGUUAAUAUAAGAGUAACAAAUCAAGCUU